AUGGAGGGGCGCUUAGCGACUCUCCAUCUCGGCGGCGCCAGCUCGAGGUCUCUCCCGGCGGCGCAUCACAGAGAAGAGAGAGACGAUCUUUUCACGGAGACCCCGCAGUUCCUCUCACCUGCAGGUCAGAAGGCCUCUUCGGGUGCGGCCUCUGACCUGCCUCCCGUCUCCCAAGCCUCGCUGGACGCGUUGCAUCCUUCUACAUUUUCUCCCUCCGCAGGGUCGCUCGCAAAGCCCGGCGGAGCCCUCUUCGCCUGCAGCGCAAAGAAGAAUGCGCUCGCCUCGCCGGCGUCGGUUUGGGCGGCGUUCGAGGACGACGUCAAUCCUUUGCCGGCGUCCGAUGCUGCGAGCGGGACACCGCAGAACGCCGCCGGCGCGUUUGUCUCCCGCUCACCUCCCGCCUCGCUGCGCGCAGACGUGCGCGCCGGGCGACAGGCUGCGGCUCCGGAGCCCCUCCGACCGCACUCAGAGCCCGUGGACCCCUGGCGCCCCAGAGGCGCGCCUUGGGCGCCCGAGGGAGAGACAGGGCGCGAGCCCAACGGAAGCCCCUUGAAGGACGACGCCUUCUCUCCGUGGACGCACGCGUCUUCCUGCGAGACGGCUGCGGUUGCCGAUUUCAACAAGGGGUUUUCGCCUUGCAACAGCGAGGGGCGUGUGCAGCCCAGGACGCCCUCUUUGUUUCCGUCCUCCGCGGCGUCGUCCUCAGGUCACUCCUCGGUCUGUGUGUCGCGUCGCGACGGCGAGGAAGCUGCCUUCGCCGCGGGUGACUUCUUCGCUGCCGAUCAGCGGGCGGCCGCUGCCUCGGGAGACGCCCCGGGGGGCACCGACUGCGGGCGCGCCUCGCCCGCCAGCGGCGAGGCGCAGGGUCUAUGCGGAGGCCUUCUCGCGCCUGAGCCUGCGCUGGGAGGCGAGCUCUGCCGAGACGGGAGCGAGAAGUCAGCGGAAGACUGGCACCCAGGCGAGCGCAUGCGCGAGUUCGAGGCUGAGAAGCGAGCUGACGCGCCGGCGAGACCCGUGAGGGACGGAGCAACCGGAGAGGGAAGUGAAGGAGAGAGACACGCUCGAGCGCAUCGCGCGCAGGAGGACGAAGAGGCAGAGUCACGCAGGGAGGAACAAGCAGGAAAGACAGAAUGGCAGGAGGAACAGGAAUGGAAGAAAGACGGCGAGGAGGUUGAGGACCUGAAGGUGCAGGAAGGCGACGAGAAGCCACAGGCCUCAGAGCCCAGUCCGGGCGGUUUGGGCAGCCGCUCGACGUCUCCUUUUUCGCGUCCGCCUGCAGCGCUCUCCAGCGCGUCGCUUUGCACCUCUUCGUCUUCCUCGCGCUCGGUGAGCGUUCCUCCGUCGCGCCUCAGCCCCUCCACAGGACGCGGCAGUCUGCUGCUGGUCACCUCGCCUCGUUCUUCGGGCGACGCGCAUGGACGAGGAGCCUCAGACUUCUGCGGCAAGUCGCCUUCCUCUUUCUCCUCUACCCUCUCUCCUCUGAGGGCUGCAGCAGAGGCGCGAGACUCGCGGCUCGCGGCGGAAGAGGCGGGCGACUUGGCAGAUGGAGCGAAGAGAGGAGGAGAUCGCGGGAGCGAGGGCAGCGAAGGCGAGCACGGAGAGAGAGGGAGGGAGGCGCCUGCUGCCUUCGAGGAGGCCUCGCUGGCAAUGUCCGCGUCGUUGCUCGCCUCUGCGUUUUCGCCUCCGCAGUGCGAAGAGGGCAGAGAAGAGGAGCAAGAUCUCCAGCUCGAAGAGGAGGAAGGGAGACGCGAAGGCAGUGCCAAUGCGACCUCCCAGCCGGUUGUGGAGACUCCAAAACUGCAUGUCUCAGGCCAGGCGGACUCUUCGUCCCUGGCUGACGCCUCAGCGCCUUCAUCUGAGCUCGCGGCUUCGGCAGGCGCGGCGGUCGCGUCGUCGACCUCGGCCGCCUCUCCAUCUCCGUCUCCGUCUCUCUCUCUCUCUGCUUCUCCCUCUCCGUCCGCUGGCAACGCGCCUGCGGAGGCUUCGUCCGCGUCGUCUUCCGCGUCGCCUCUCUCGGGAGCGCGGCGGCGGCUGGUCAUGGUCGGCGACGCGGAGGCGCAGAUGAUGCUCUCGACGCUGAUGCAUCCCGACGACCAAGAGAGUCGUCGGUUCCUGCAGCAAGUUCAACAGAACUCCGCUGCGUCCCAGCCGGUCUCCGCGCCCCCCGCGACCUCCGCGGGCUUCGGCUGGGGCUCGGCGUGGUCCGCCAGGGGCCGGGGAGACGCGACCGCGUCUCCGUCGGCUCCAGCCGCGAGCGGCGUCGGAGCUUCGCGGUUUCUCUUUCGCGCGCUGAACUUUGGCAUCCCGGGCUUUCGCAAUGCGAAGCAGGAGAGCCGCGGGCGAGAGGAGCUGCGGGAGGACGAGCUCCUCUGCCGAGGCCACGACGGAGUUCGAGCGCCUCCUGGAGGCGCAGCAGCGGAGCCAGGAGCCCAGAAGAGAGACAGCCGGGGGGGGGCUGCGUCUCCCAACGGUGUGGCGGGCACGGGCGGGGCGGCCGGCGCGGGACACGAGCACAAGCUGCUCGGCGAAGACAGGGGGGGCGACGGAGGAGGCAGCACGAAGGAGGCGAAGGACGAAAGAGGCGCGGCAGGGAGCCUGAGCAGUGUGUCGGACAAGAACCCGGGACGAGAGAGAGAGAAGGCCCGCGAUGUGGCUUCCGCUCCUCCGGCGAGCGGUUCGUCUGAAGGCAAGUCUCCGCAGCCUGCGCGGCCUUCUUCGCCGCGUGCGGCUGCCUCCGCCUCGUCUGCGGCGGCGGGCGCGGCGUCGCCUCCGCCUCCGCCGCCCCCUGGGGCGAACUCUAAGCUAUCGGGGCCAGGGAGCUCGGGGGCUGCGAAGCCGCGCACGCCGUACAACGUGUUUCUGGAUCGGCUGAAGCAUCCUUCGUGCUCAGCGGUAGUGGCGUCUGUGAAGCGAUUCGUGGAGUUUUUUCCCACGAAUUUGUCUCGCGCCGAGGCCGCAGCUCGUAUCCACCCGUUCCUUUCGCAGGUGCAGGCCGCGCUCUUGCGCGCCGAGGUCUUCGCCUCCGCCGCGAAGACUGAGGUCGAUCGCCAGCAGGUGAUGGAGGGACUCGAGCGCUUCGUGCUGCAGAAGCUGCAUGCGGUUUUGUUCCGCGAGACCGAGGAAGACCGCGCCGAGAACGCGGCGCUGAAGAAGAAACUUCACUGCCUCGCGGCCUGGAUCGAGUUCCGCCACCUCGAGGUCCCGCCGCUCCCCAACGCGUCCGCGCUCGCUCUCGGCGCGCGCGAGAUUGAGCGCCUCGACAAGAUGCGGUCGCCGCGCGACAAACUCGUGCUGAUUCUCAACUGCUGCCGGGUGAUCAUCGCCGUUCUCGACUCGGCGCGGAAGGCCUCGGGCUGUUCCACGCCGCCCGCGGCCGACGACCUGUUGCCCCUGCUCAUCUACACGCUCAUUCAGGCCAAGCCGGGCGCGCUGCACUCGCAUAUUCAGUUCAUCUCUUUCUUCCGCCACCCGUCGCGCCUCGUGAGCGAGGAGGCCUACUUCUUCACGCACUUCUGCUCGGCCGUCGAGUUUGUGAAAAUGCUGGGGAAGCCCGGCGUCUCGCUGAACGAAGUCAGCGACGAGAUGUACCGCGAGAAAAUGGCGCAAGCGGAGCUCGAGUACGACCGCCAGCAGCGCGAGGAGGAGCUGCAGGAGAAAAAACAUAGACACGUCGCGGGGGGAGACGCGCCAGGACGAGACGCUGAACGAACCCGAGAGAAACUGAGCCCAGAGGAGGACCUGCAGCGCGAUGGCCGUGUCCGACAGAAAGUCAACGCGACUGCGGAAGAACGGCUCGACGCGCGGCGCCCAACUGAGCGGAGCGAGGAGACAGGAGGGGGAGGCGGAGGAAAAGAAGAGUUCGCGGGCGUCACACCGGCAGCUCUCGCGGCGGCGGCCUCUGCGCUCUCCACGCUGGAGCACCUCUCGGCUGCCUCCUCGUCGUCCUUCGGGCGCGGAGAGGACGCAGCUGCAGAGACGCAAACGGCGAAGCGCAGCGCGAUCGCGGAGGAGAUUCGCAGCCUCCCCCUUUCCUUCGGAGAGGCUGCGAGCACAGAGCUGAAACUCGGCGAAGUGGAGGCGCUGCUGACGGAGUACAAGGAAAUGGCGCGAAUCCUCCACGAAGUCGCCAGAAUGCUUGAAGAAGAAAAGAAAGAGGCGGUUUCGUAG